CAUUCUGAGUCCAUUGUUGAUGUAGAAGACUGGUGAGAUUGUAAUGGGACGAGGGAAUGAGUAAACGAGUGCAAAAGAUGUGCAUUACCUCAUUUCUCACAUGUUGGACUGGAUCAUUCGCUCUAUUGUGGCUGGAACAAUGAUGGCCAAGCGAAGAGAGCUUAAAAACCCAAGAAUCAGACAGACAGACAUCGAGCUACAGGACUGACAACAACCAACAUAGAGGAGAACGCUGAUCCGGUCUCUGCUUGAUGGUGUUGUCUCUGGUAGGCGGGGCCACCCUGUGUGGCGCAGCGGCCCUCCUGCUGCUCCUCCUCUCUACUGCAACGGACCAUUGGAUGCAGUAUCGCUACUCGGGAAAUGCAUCCAAUCAGGGCCUCUGGAGGUUCUGCAUCAAUCGCAAGUGCCACGCCCACACGCUCACUGUGGCUUUUUGGGACGCCACACGAGCCUUCAUACUGCUGUCGGUUGGGAGUGCUUUUGCUGGAGUGGUUUUGGGCUUUCUUGCAUCCAACAGGCCCAUGAGCAGCCGAGUACGAACCGGAGGGAUUGCACUGCUCCUGUCUGGAUUCUUUGGACUACUGGCUUUGGCAAUCUACACUGGAGGGAUGGUCAAUUUCUUUGGCAAGCGUUACAUUGAUUGGAGGUUCUCAUGGUCUUAUAUCUUGGGUUGGAUUGGCAUCAUUUUGGCUUUGGGGUCGGGUGUUUUGCAGCUUUAUGCGUAUAAAAGAAGCAUCGCUGAGCCUGCACCUGCACCGGCAAGUGUUUCGGACAGCUGAAAUAUUACCUGAGCUUCUCAAGAAAAUGAAAAACGUUAUUCUGGAUCUCAAACAUCACAUGAUAUCAUCACAAAACCAUUCAAAUAUUGGACCAAAAAGGUGGACGAAAUAAAUUGCUUUUGGGCUCCCUUUGUCAGUGCCAUGUUGUACUAUAUGUAUUGACAGUGUUUAUGGUACAUAUGGCGACCAUCUGUAAUGGUGCACAACCAAUGUUAUUAAACACCUGCCAUUAAAAACAGACCUGUCC